AUGAAUUUUCAGGGUGACAAUGAGAUGGAUAAGCUGCUGGCUUUGUCUAUGGUCUGGGCUAAUCAUGUCUUCAUGGGAUGCAGAUACAGUGAUGAACUUUUAGGAAGAGUUUUUGCUAUGGCAAAAGGUAUUCAUGUCGAUGAUGCUCCACAUUUCACAACCAGGGAUGAAAUAAUGAAACGGGUAUGUUUACACUGA